CCCACCACUUAGGAUCCCAAUUCCACUAGUCUGCCUUCUGCUUUUUACCCAUCUGUAACAAUGGCUUCAGCCCAUGAUAGAGCAGUACUUCAGGCUAUCUUUAACCCCACCAGCCCGUCUGGAGAUGUCCCAGGGUUAAACCAAGACGAGGAACUGGCAGAUGAUGACAGUGGCUUUGAGGUGGGGCUGCUACAGCAGGCCAAAGAGCUGGAGAUGGAAGGGGUUACAGCAGCAGAGUCCGGGGAUCUACCUACAGCCCUGGAACGGUUUAGCCAGGCCAUAGACACACUUCCUCAGAGAGCCUCUGGCUACAACAACAGGGCCCAGACCAGACGACUCCAGGAGGACACAAAAGGAGCCCUAGAGGACCUGGAGCAUGCCAUCACUCUGAGUGGGGGUGUAGGGCGUACAGCAUGUCAGGCUCUGGUCCAGAGAGGCCUGCUGCUGAGGCUGGCCUGCCAGGAUGAUAAGGCCCGGGAGGACUUCCAGAGGGCAGCCGCCCUAGGUAGCGAGUUCGCCCGGCAACAGGUGGUGGUCCUGAACCCGUACGCUGCCCUCUGCAACCGAAUGCUGAUGGAGGUCAUCAACAAGCUACGCAACCCGGAGGUGUCAGAGACACAGUAGUCAAAAUAUAAGGCUUACCAGCCCAACACUGCCACACCAAAUACAUUUGUAUAACUUGUGCAUGCAUUAAAUGUUGUAUUGAGGAACAAAUUAA